CUCAUUCAGUCUCAGAGAACUGUUAUAGAACAGAGUGCAUUUGAAAGCAAUAAAUGUGGAGACAACUUUACCCAGAGCUCAGCUCAUAUAGUAUGUCAGAAAACACAAACUGGAAGAGAUAAAUUCUGUGAAUAUAAUGGAUGCACAAAUAUCUUCUACCAGAAAUUAGACCUUACAAUAAAUCAGAGAACUCAUACAGAAGAGAAAUUCUGCUGUUCUGGUGAAUAUGGGAGAUGCAGGAAAUACUUUCACCAAAAAGCACACCUCAUUCGGUAUCAGAGGACCCACUCAGGGGAGAAACUUGAAUGUGAAGAACGUGGGAAAUCCUUUUGUACAAGUUCACACUCUAUUCAGCAUUCUGGAGCUUAUGUGGGAUUUAAACUUUAUGAAUGUAAUGAAUGUGGGAAAACUUUCUGUCAGAAGUCAAACCUUAGUGAACAUGUAAGAAUCCACAUAAAGGAGAAAACUUAUGGUAACAAUGACUGUGGGAAGUCU